AUGUCUGGAGGCAGUAGUGCGAACCGGAAUGAGUGCAGAAUAUACGUAGGAAACCUACCCCCUGAUAUAAGGACAAAGGACAUUCAAGAUUUAUUUUAUAAGUUUGGCAAAGUUACAUUUGUUGAUUUGAAAAACAGAAAAGGCCCUCCAUUCGCUUUUGUGGAAUUCGAAGAUCCGAGAGAUGCAGAUGAUGCGGUUAGAGCUAGAGAUGGCUAUGACUAUGAUGGAUACAGGCUGAGAGUGGAGUUUCCACGUGGUGGUGGAGGUGGUGGUGGCAGGGGUGGUCGUGGUGGCGGAGACAGGUUUGGGGGCAGACCUGCUGCACGAGGCCCACCUGCUAGGAGGUCAGAGUACAGGGUCAUGGUUACUGGGCUACCACCAUCAGGUUCAUGGCAGGAUCUGAAAGACCACAUGCGUGAGGCAGGUGAUGUGUGUUUUGCUGACACAUUCAAAGAUGGUUCUGGUGUGGUGGAGUUCCUUCGUCAUGAAGACAUGAAAUAUGCUGUGAAGAAGCUUGAUGACUCUCGUUUCCGCAGUCAUGAGGGUGAAGUAUCAUACAUCCGAGUGAAGGAAGACUAUGGGAACAAUGAUCGUUAUAGUGGAGAUAGAGACAGGUCCAGGUCAUACUCUCCACGACGUGGUCGCGGCUCACCGACGUACUCGCCCGUUCGUCGCUCGUACUCGCGGGACCGCAGCCGCUCACGGGACCACGCCUACUGA